AUGUUUGAAUUACCACUAGAACUAACAACUAAGCCAUUAGCUUUUAUUGGCUUAACUGGCUUAGAUAUUGCAAAUCCUGUACAUCGUUCAAUUUGGGAUACAUUUAGUAAUAAUAGAAGAUUAGAAAGUUCUGCCAUACAGUUUAAAUUGCUUAGUCCUACACAUGAAUUUCCUACAGUAAAACCCAAGCGUAAUUCUUAUGAAUGGUACAUACCUAAAGGAAUAUUGAAACGUAAUUGGAUGAAUAAAUAUCUUAACGAAGUUCCAGCAGUUGUUGUUGUGUUUUAUGAUUUGGAUUGGAAUGACCCACAGUGGAAUGAAAAGAAAAUGGAAUGUGCUUCUAAGGUCCAAUCAUUUAGAAAUGCUUUGGAUGGGAGAAGUACAAAAAUAGCUGUGGUACUCAUACAACAUUGUACACAACCUCUGCCAGGUUCUGAAGAUACUAUUGCACCUGAACGUGCUACAGCAGUUUGUGGAGCAUGUGAACUCUCUCCAAAAUUAUUAUAUGUUUUACCACAUGGAGAUCAUUUGUUAGGAUACAUAUCUAGACUGGAAAGUGCAUUGUAUGAUCUGGCACAGAGUUUUUAUCAUCAUGAAUACCGUAUUGUUAAAGGACAUAAAGAUCAGCUUAAUAAAACAACACAUAAAAGUGCACACAAACAUUUGUCUGUACGCCAUCAAUUUAAAAUGGCAUUUUUUAAUGAACUGAAACAGGAUCAAAAUUUAGCUUUAAAACACUAUAAGCAAGCAUUUAAUAAUUUGUUGGAAAUACAAAUAACAGAUACAAAUGCAAUGGAAAUUAAAGUUGUUGCUUCUUUCAUAAAUUAUAAGAUAUGUAAAAUAAUGUUCAGUUUAAAUGCUCCUAAAGAGGCUGUAUCACAUUUUAGACAUCAUACUGACAGCUUCAAGUUGUGGACAGGUCCAAAGAAACUUAUGUUUGAACAUCAUGCUUGGAUGUGCAAUCAAUUUUCCACAUUUGCAGAAUUAUUUGAUGAUGCUAUACGACAAGGACUUCCUGCUGUUCAAACGCAACAUCCUGGAUAUUAUUUCCAGUCGGCAGCUCAUCAUGCAAGCUUAAGACAAGCAAGUUGUAAAGAACUUUGUCAGAAUGUUAAUAGUUAUCCCGAACCGGAUCCAUUAGCCGGAGAGGAGAAACUUGAAUUUUACGGACAAAGACCAUGGCGUCCCGGAAAAUUAAAUGCUGAACUUCCAGAUCUCGCGAAAGAAGCAAUUGCUAUACAAGCUUUGCAAUACAAGGAGAAACAUACGGUCGAUCACUCCCAAAUCAUUAUUGGCUUGCUAGGAAAUGCAAUUUCACAGUUCAAACUGUACAGAUGCCCAAGAAUGAGGAGAGUAUUAGUUGUACAGAUGGCUGAAGAGUAUUAUAAUUGUAAGGAUUAUGGAAAAGUUUUGACAUUAUUGAUGCACAUGUUGUGGGAAUAUCACGGUGAACGGUGGCCCCUCUUAAUCACAAAUAUCUUAAAGAAUGCCCUGCGAGCAGCGUAUCUAUCGACAAGCAUUCAGGACUACAUCACAUUAGCAUUUGAAGCUUUGGGACCUACUGCUGCAUUUUCAGAAGAUUACAAAAUUGCGGUUUAUAAUAACAUUAUUAAUAUCCUUCACAAAAAACCUCCAAAUCCGGAACCUGAUUUACCCGAUGAUAUGAGACAUACUGCAUUAGAAAAAUGGGUAAUGGAACUUAAUCGGCCAGAACCACUUGUUUUUACAAUCGAUGACAAUAACAUGAGUUCAUUUAUAGAAGUCAAAGCAAGGUUUUUACAGCCAAAAUAUGCCGUUAAUUCCACAAUUGAUACAGAAGUUAUUAUCAGAAACUCCUACAGCGGUAGUGUUGAAUUUUCUAAAAUAACAAUAACAAUUAGUAGUCCAGGGUAUAAUUCCGAGUUCGCUGUUACUGAUGCCGAGCAGAGCAAUCUCGUUUUUCAUGGGAAAGAAAUGAAGAAAUUUUUACACCAAUUUCAAGCACCUCAACAAAACGAUAGUAGUGAAAUACGCAUCACCACGAUCUCAUUACACAUGGGCAAUGAUACGUGUUGCAUUAUUUUGAGAUUUGCUGCGAUGGGAAGGGAAACAAAUUGUUUGAGUCUAUUGUGCCCUGAAAUACAACAACUUCGAGGAGAAUUUGAAACGAUACAACCACUAGUUAGUGCGGAGAUAAAACAGGAAGAAUCUAGUCUCAGUAUAAGUGCAGAAUCUAACAACCCAGCACUCGUAGGGGAAUGGCUUCCCAUUAAAAUAACUAUUACUGCUAAUGAAAGCAUAUUAUCAGCACUCUUAACCGUAUCACUUGUGUCUGAUGGAACAAAUGAACAGUCAACGGAAUUAAGUUUAACAAUGCAGAACAAGCAAUCUGUAGUAUCUGUACCGAUCGAUAAUUUAGGGAGCAAUUCCAAUACUCAUCAGAUCGUCUACUUCCGAGCUCAUAAAGUUAGCGAUCGAAACAUUCACGUGAAGGUGAAAUAUUCAAGAUCUGAAAAUAUAAAAGGAUCUAAAGAAUUAACUUAUUCAUUGUCAGUUACAAAACCAUUUGAAGUAUCAACACUAUUUUAUACCAUGCUUUUUGAACCAUUAGCAAAGGGUUUCAUUGAUGAACCGUUUAUAAUAAUGCCUCACAUUUCUUGUGUUUCUCCAUGGCCUAUAGACAUUAUAAGUACAUCUGUAGAAUUGGGAGACUCUAUAGAAAAGGGAAAUGCAGAUCAAUCAGUUUCUAUUUUAGCUGGUAUUACUCUUUCUAAAGAUGAAACCGCCACAGAUUCGUAUUGUUUGGUACCAAAAGUAGGUGGCGAGCAACCUGCAAGUACCGGAGUGUACACUAUUAAAUGGAAACGUGCAAAUGAUGAAAACGCGUUAGAAACAAGUAGCAGUGUUACUUUAGCUCCUUUGUGGGUCGAAGAUGCGGUGAUUGGCGUGGAAGCUAAGUUACCAGCCCAUGGUUGGGUUCGCACGCCAUUACUUGUAUCGUACUUCAUAAAAAAUCAUUCUGAUUGUAUGAUUACGUUACGAUUGACUAUGGAAGCUAGUGCUGCGUUUAUGUUCGCUGGGCAAAAGCAGAUUGAUAUUUAUAUACUUCCGCAAAAUGAAAGAAAAGUUGAGUGGAUCUUACGACCACUCGUGGCAGGUUUUGUGCAACUUCCAACGCUAUCUUUAGCAAUUCCUGCUGACGAAGAAUAUAAAUUAAAUAAGGUACGACUGUCGGAAGUAGUGGAGAGGUCGAUACCGAGUCAUGUAUACAUUUUUCCGACAUCACAAAAUUUAGAAGAAUAAAUGAAAUAGAGAAUAUUUCCGAGAAAUAGUAGAAAAAGAAACAGAAUUUUGUUCUCUUUUAUCAAAAUGUAUUAUAUUGAACCUGAUAUAUUUUCCACGUAUUCUUAAAUAUAUACCAAUUUCAUAUCUAGGAAUAUGAAUAAUAAUUUUGUUAAAUAUAAUUUAUUUAAGUUAUUUUAUAUUGUAAUAAAACAGUCCUUUGUCCCUUAAAGAACGUGAAUCUAUUAAACAUCUAUAAAGUAGAUAUUAACUAAAAAUGGGGCCUUCUCUCCAUGGAGCAUGAGACAUCGACAUUUUCUCAAAGGAAAUCUACUAUACCCGAUACUCGGUACUGCACAUUGACAUCAAAGAUUUCUCUGCACGAUCAAUGAUUAAAUCGACCGCGUUACGGUCAUUAAAAAAGAAGAAAUGCGUCAACAGUACAGACAAUGAAUCUGAAUCGUUAUCAACUGUCUACACACUUCCGUGGAAGCGGCUUAUCGCGGGAGCGUUAGAUGAAGUUAAAAAUAGAAAGCACGUUUAGUAUAACACGUACAGCCUAAUGACCUCAGUUCGUGCCUUGAUAAUUAUCUAUCUUGAAAGCUCGAGAUCAUCGGCAGAUACGUCGGACAGGUACGUCUAUGUAUAUAAAGAUCGCGCGCGUUGUAAUCUCGUUACAACGUAUCAUUCGAGCUUACCGUGUUAGCUGCGAAUUAAAAAUUUUAGACAUCUGAUAGAUGAAUGAAAUAAAUCAAAAUAAUAUCAGUAAAUAACCGCAACUAACGUGUUAAAUCGAAACAGUUGAACGAUAGAUCCUGAGAUUUCGGGGGUCCGAGGGGAGCUCCGAAAAAGGUCCCCUUUACAUAUACGACAUAAAAAAAGAUGCAAAAUCGUCUUAUGGGGGCCUUGGACCUUGGAGGGCCCUAGGUGGCCGCCUAGUCUGCCUAAGCUCAGGGCUGCCCCUGAUGAUAGAUUACCGAGAACGUACUAUUACAUCAAAAGACGUACCAAAACCGAUGAUAUUUUUAAACCCAACAGGCGUCUAAUUAAUUUAGAUAAAAAUGUCUUCCAACAUUAUAUAGAUAAAAUGAUAUUGCAUAACGGUAUAUAACGUAGCCAUUUCCUCCAAAAAUAAAAUUCGAAGAAUCAUUGCUUCCGUCAGUUGAAUACUGAUACGCGGCUCUAUUUUGCUAUAUUUAUACAAAUACAAAAUCUAUCUGCACAGUCCAAUGAAAGAACGAAGGAACGGUUGUUGUGCAUGACUGCCUGAUGAUUAUGUCACGUUUUAAUACAAACAAUCGUUAUAUUAAUAACAACUGGCGAUUGCAAUCAGACCUUCUCCUCUUCGUUCUUCGAUUAGCCGGUUCCUGUUUACGAUAUUAUUAUCUGAAAGUUUAAUAAUAGCCGUACGAGGUGGUAAUGAUACAGAAAAGAUGCGUUUCUUUGAUUACGAUGAAGAAGCGAUCGUUUAACGGUGUAAGGAUUACGAUAAUAGUUGUCGAGGUUGAAAUACAAUUAAUCGUAUGAUCAAAUUUUUGUUAAAUUUUAAAUAAAUCACCCAUCUGUUGUCGAUGAUUAA